GGACGCGCGGCGGUGACGCGCGGCGGCGGGAGUUGCGGAGGCGCGCUCCUUUCUGCGUCUGGCCCGACCCCGCGGACCCUCCCGGGCCCCGCGCCCCCUCCGCGGGCGGCGCCUCUCCCGGCCGCCCUUCUCGGGCCCGAGGGAGCGUGCGGGGCCGGAGCGUCCACCGAGUGCCGCCCGCUCGCGUCUCCGUCGUCUUGUCACGGUUCUGCGGGGCCUCCGGGUGCGUGCUGACGGGCCCCGCUCCAGCUCCAGCUCUGCGCCUCCGGCCGCGGCUGUCCGGCCCGGGGAGCCGAGCGGGGCGGGCAUGGCCAGCAUCACCCAGCUGUUCGACGACCUGUGCGAGGCCCUCCUGCCCGCGGCCCCGGCUCCCCUGCGCCCGCGCGGCCUGAGCCGCCGGAGGGCCAAGCAGAGCCUCAAGCGGGCGGCCUACAACGCGCUCUUCGCGCACCUCUUCCAGGAGGAGCCCCCGAGGCCGCCGCCGGGCCGCCCGCGCCUCCCGGUGAAGAACAGGGUCCUCAUGCUGUCCUUCGACCUGCGGGUGGGCGGCCUGGGGCCCGAGGCCGACCGCCUGGAGGCGCUGGUGGAGAAGCUGGAAGCCGCCCCGCGCUGUCCGCUGGGGGAGGUGGGGUCGGCCCUGGACCUGCUGGUCCAGCUGGCGGGCACCGGGCCCCCGCAGGUCCUGCCCCGCCGGCGGGACCUCUUCCUGAACAACAAGCACGUGGGGAGGAACGUCCCCUACGGCGGCUACGACUGCUACGACCUGAGCGCGUUCGAGAUGGACGUGCAGGCUCUGAUCCGCCGGGAGGAGUACCUGUGUCAGGACACGAUCCAGAAGGCGCUUCAGGUGAUGGAGGCCACGCCGGGCACCGGCCUGCCCACGGCCCGGCUCUUCUCCUACGGCGACCCCGGCGGGGACAGGUUCGAGAGAGACACCCGCGUCUCGCUGUUCGGAGCCCUGGUGCACAGUCGCACCUACGACAUGGACGUCCGGCUGGACUUGCCCCCCGUGCCGGACAGCGCAGACCUCUCUGGACUGGCCAUCAAGGUGCCUCAGAGUGUGGAUCCGUCCGAAGAUGAAGGGUUCCAGUCAGCAUCCAACUUGACUCCCGACUCCCAGUCUGAGCAUGGCAUGACCCCGGAGAUCGACCCCUGGGACGCGGUGCUCACCUACGAGGCCAGCAAGCGGAGGUGCUGGGAGCAAGUCGGCUGCCCCCCUGGCCACAGAGAAGAGCCCUACCUCACAGAGGCGGGAAGGGACGCCUUCGACAGCUUCUGCAGGCUGUGCCGAGGGGAGCUGCAGGUGCUGGGCCGCCUCCCGCAGGCCGCGCCGCCCGCGCUGGUGCAGGAGUGCGAGCUGGUGAAGGAUGUGCUGAACGUCUUGAUUGGGGUCACGUCUGCCACGUUUCCCCUCUGCCAGCCGACUCAGGCCUUCAUGGUGAAGUGGGGCAUCCACGUGUCGGGAACGUCCCCCGAGAGCAUCAGCAGCCUCCUCUCGGAGGUGGCCGAGUGCGGGACCCACUACGCACGCCUGAGCCACUUCUCUCUGCAGCCCGUGCUGGACGCCUCCUGCAGCAAGGGCCUCGUGUUCCAGCAGGCCUUCACCAGCGGCCUGAGGAGGUACCUGCAGUAUUACCGGGCGUGUGUCCUCUCCACCCCGCCCACUCUGAGCCUCCUCACCAUCGGCUUUCUCUUCAAGAAGCUGGGCCGGCAGCUCAGGUACCUGGCUGAGCUCUGUGGUGUGGGCACCUGCGGAGGAGAGUCCCGGGCUCCUUUCCCCACUGGCGUGAAGCUGCUCUCCUACCUCUACCAGGAGGCCCUGGACAACUGCAGCAACGAGCACUACCCGGUGCUGCUCUCCCUGCUCAAGACCAGCUGUGAGCCCUACACUCGGUUCAUCUAUGAUUGGGUGUACAGUGGGGUCUUCAGAGACGUUUAUGGCGAGUUCAUGAUCCAGGUGAACCAGGACUACCUGGGCUUCAGAGAUAAGUCCUACUGGACCCACGGCUACGUGCUCAUCUCCAAGGAGGCGGGGGACUGUGUGCCCGCCUUCCUGAAGCACAUCGCUCACGACGUGUACGUCUGCGGGAAGACCAUCAACCUGCUGAAGCUCUGCUGCCCUCAGCAUUAUCUCUGCUGGUCCGAUGUCCCCGUGCCCCGGAUCUCGGUGAUUUUCUCCCUUGAGGAGCUGAAGGAGAUUGAGAAGGACUGUGCAAUCUACGUGGGGCGGAUGGAGAGGGUGGCACGCCACAGCUCCAUCAGCAAGGAGGAGAAGGAAUUACGAACGGAGAUUGCUAAGCAAGAGUUAAUCGUCCAGGCCCGAGAAGCGGCCUCCAGGGUCCUGAGUGCGCUGAGCGAUCGGCAGAUGUCUGAGCGGAUGGCCUUGGACGCCCGGAAGCGAGAGCAGUUUCAGAGGCUGAAAGAGCAGUUCGUGAAGGACCAGGAGCGACGCCGGGCGGCCCGGCAGGAGGAGCUGGACGAUGACUUCAGCUACGCCCGGGAACUCCGCGACAGGGCACGGAGGCUGCAGGCCCUGGAGGAGCAGCUGGAGAGGAAGGCGAGGCAGGCGCUGGUUGACCAUUAUAGCAAGUUGUCUGCAGAGGCAGCUCGUCGAGAGCAGAAGGCGCUGUGGAAAGUCCAGAGGCACAGGCUGGCGAGCGCACGGGCUCGCUUUCUCUUAGAAGAUCAGGAGCACAUCCAGGCCAUGCUGAGAGACACAUCUGAGGGGAGGCCCCCAGAGCCGCCGGCGGUGCUCCCGAGUGCAUGCUCCCAGGCCUCGUCUCUGGGCCCUGGGCACCCCGAUGGAGGUGGCAGCUGUGAUCCUGGGUGUGCAGAGCAGCACGUGGCUGCCUGGGAUGGCCCAAGCCGGCCAAGGGAGCUGACGCCACAGCCCCUUGAGCCUCCAGCACUGGGGGCCUGCAGCGGCUCAGAGCUGGGAGCAGGCCUGCAGCCAGGACAGGCCGAGGGUCCAGGGCUGUUCUCUGCAGGCCUCAGUAUCCAAGAUUUCCUGCCCACAGGCCAGGGUGCUGAGCAGCCUGGGGACGCUGGGGUGGCUCCUGUCUUGGAGGAGGCCCUGCAGACCAUCGGCUCAGAUCUGCGCGCCUCUGCUUCGUCAGCCACAGUGGGCACGGGCUGCUCGGGGCCACAGGAGUACGAUUUCAGAACUGUCCUGAGGCCAGCUCUGGUCACUUCGGCCCCAGGGUCCCUCCAGACUAUGGGAGGCAGCUUAGGCUGCGAGGGGCUGCAGCUGUGGGGGGACACUCACGAGUUUAGGCUUGACACCUGUGUCCCGGAUGGGCAGGUGGCUCUGCCACACCCAUGCCCACCCAGGAAUAACCUCCCCGAGGAGGGGAGUAGCCAGGCCAUGGGGCAGCCUCUUGGGCAUGUGUCUGAGGGUGGUAUUCUCACAGGGGGCUAUGCUUCUGGAAUGGCCCCCUCCCGGCCACGGUGGAAUGUCCACGGACACGUGUCUGAUGCCAGCAUCAAGGUGGGGGAGAACGUGUGGGACGUAGCAUCCUCACGGCCACGGUGGAACGUCCACGGACACGUGUCUGAUGCCAGCAUCAAGGUGGGGGAGAACGUGUGGGACGUAGCAUCCUCACGGCCACGGUGGAACGUCCACGGACACGUGUCUGAUGCCAGCAUCAAGGUGGGGGAGAACAUGUGGGACGUAGCAUCCUCAAGGCCACGGUGGAACGUCCACGGACACGUGUCUGAUGCCAGCAUCAAGGUGGGGGAGAAUGUGUGGGAUGUGGUGCCCUCUCGGCCACGGUGGAACGUCCACGGGCAUGUGUCUCAGUCCCAGGUGAUGCUGGGGGCGCCCCCAAGGGAAACCCAGCCUGAUACGCCCAGGCCCCUUCAGAGCCCCUCUGACCACGUGUCCCAGCCUGGCCUCAGCCUGGGAGCACAGAGCCCUACCUGGGAACAUGACUCACAGCUGCUGGCAGAACCGGCCUCAGUCGGCGCCUGCACUCAGGUGGCUGGCUCUGGGGAAGAAGGUGGCCUCCAGGCCUUGCCAGGUGCCGAGGCUGGACCCAGUGAUGUGGGAGAUGGCACCCCUGAGCCAGGCCCAGGGAGGAGUGGGGACACCGAGGACGGCUCUUCACGUCAGCCUUCCAGCCCACAGGAACGUGCAGCCUCCCUGAGCAGCCCGGGCCUGGAAGAAGGGGCGGAGGAGGGGGCAGUGGCCAGGUGCCAGGGCAGGGAGCAGGCCUACCUGGCAGGCCUGGUGGAGCAGUACCGCCUGGAGCAGUACCCGGACAGCUACGAGGCCAUGUCAGAGCCUAACGUCGCGCGCCUGCUGCACCACGGGCUUCCUCGGGCCUUCUCCCUCCCCGAGGACACCCGGGGCCCGCUGGGCGCGGAGGAGACCGCGGAUGAGACCGCGGUGCAGCUGAGCGAGCUGCUGCCGCUGCCUGUGCUCAUGGAGCACUCGGUCACUGCCCCGCUGGCCGCCCACGUGUCCCUGGUGAACAAGGCGGCGGUGGACUACUUCUUCGUGGAACUGCGGCUCGAGGCGCACUUCGAGGCUCUGCGGCACUUCCUGCUGAUGGAGGACGGCGAGUUCGCGCAGUCCCUGAGCGACCUGCUCUUCGAGAAGGUGAGCCCGCGUGGUGGGGCCGGGGCGGCGGCGGGACGGCCUCGGGACCUGCCUCCUCUCCUGCAGCUGGGCGCCGGGCAGACGCCCGGGGAGCUCCUCAACCCGCUGGUGCUCAACGCGGUGCUGCGCAAGGCGCUGCAGUACAGCCUGCAUGGGGACUCCCCACUCGCCGCCAACCUCUCCUUCGCCCUCAAGUUCCUGCCGGAGGCCUUCGUCCCCAACGCUCCCGAUGUGCUGAGCUGCCUGGAGCUCAGGUACAAGGUUGACUGGCCCCUCAACAUCGUCAUCACCGAGAGCUGCCUGAGCAGGUACAGCGGCAUCUUCUCCUUCCUGCUGCAGCUGAAGCUCAUGAUGUGGACGCUCAAGGACGUGUGUUUUCACCUCAAGCGCACAGCUCUGGUGAGCCCUGCCGCCGGCUCCGUGCAGUUCCGCCAGCUGCAGCUGUUCAAACACGAGAUGCAGCACUUCGUGAAGGUCAUCCAGGGCUACAUCGCCAACCAGAUCCUGCACGUCACCUGGUGUGAGUUCCGGGCCCGGCUGGCCACGGUGGGCGACCUCGAGGAGAUCCAGCGCGCCCAUGCCGAGUACCUGCACAAGGCUGUCUUUAGGGGCCUGCUGACGGAGAAGGCGGCUCCCGUCAUGAACAUCAUCCACAGCGUCUUCAGCUUGGUCCUCAAGUUCCGCAGCCAGCUCAUCUCCCAGCCCUGGGGCCCAGCCGGUGGCCCCCACGGCGCCGAGCACCCCAACUUUGCCCUCAUGCAGCAAUCCUACAACACCUUCAAGUACUACUCCCACUUCCUUUUCAAAGUGGUGACCAAGCUGGUGAACCGAGGCUACCAGCCCCACCUGGAGGACUUCCUGCUGCGCAUCAACUUCAACAGCUACUACCAGGACGCCUGAGCUGCUGCCUGGUGCAGGCGUGUGAAGGUGCCCCAGGCGGGCCCAGGUCGGCUGGGGUAGAACCACACAGAUGGGCCUUGGGAGCUGCUGGUUUAUUAGGGGUGGCUCCCAGAAGCAGGAGCCGGCAGCGCCGGUCCUCCCAGGCUGCCAUGGGGGUUGUGGCUGCUGUGUCCUCCUGGGUCCGGUCCCUCUGCUGAGCUGUCCUUGCGUGAAGCAGCAUUUUAUGGGGAGCGUGCUGCUGGUGGGAGGGGGCUGGGCUGCUGAGUCGGUGUCAGACAGAGACGGGUCAGGUCCUGACUGGACGUCCCUGCCCUCAUGGAGAGACGGGGUGUGGGGCUGCUCGCUGGCUGGGCACCGCCUCAUGGACUCAGUGUCACUUGGGGCCUUGGGGGCCUCCCGGCCUCCAAGGCGGUUAUGAGGAUCACGUCACACACAGCUCCGCUGCCCAGAGCGGGGGCUUGCUGCUGUAGGAGAGGCGCCUCUCUGCUGUGCUGCCGGCCCCCUCAGGCUCAGCGGCCUCCAGGACCUCAGCGGCCUCCCCCUCCCUGUGGUACGGGGCCUCCAGCAGCUUCAGCACCCGCCGCACCUGGAGAGGAGCAAGGGGAGGUUAUUGGGGACCCCUCCCUCCCUGGCCCAGCCCCUGCUGCGGGACCCAGGGAAGAGGAGGGACUGGCGGGUCCUUGCCUCCGAGAAGUCUCCAUUCUCGGCAGCCUCGAUGGCAUUCUGCGCGAUGUAGUUCCGCAGGACAUACUUGGGGUUGUUGGCGUGCAUGACACGCAUGCGCUCAGCCUGCCAGGCGUCCUCGUCAGCGGCGCCCUCCCUGUCCUGCUCCAGCCUGGUCCUAGAACCACAAGCCCCUUGGCAGCAGCUGCAGCUCCCCACCCCCUCCAUCGGGUUCCCAGAGAUGGUUCCACGGCUCAGCACUCUGCCGACCUGCACGGGAGGCUGGACUCACCUGAACUCCUGCAGCCAGUCAGCCCAGCGGCCCCUGUUCCUGCUCAGCAGCUCGGCUGGGCUCAGCUGCUCCAGCCGCGCCUGCUGCUCCACGCGCUCCAGCUCCUUUGUGACGUUGGCCCGGGUGCCGAUGAGCGCGAAGAGCUGCGGGUUUGACUGCGCCAGCAUCAGCAUCAUGGAGAGCUGCCUGGGGUGGGGAGCGGCUCUGAGUGUGUCCAGGAGGCUGCAGCGCCCCACCUGGCUGUGGACCAUAGCCUGGGACUGCUGCACACCUUGACGACUGUCCCAGAGGAGGGAUGGCCUCACCUGCCCUGCUGCACCCCCUACAGCCUGGCUGAGGGGAGCCCAGGCCCCAUGGGUGAGGUAGAUACGGGCACCUGCCAGCUGGCCACCCUUGUUCAGCAGCCCCUCCCUGUGACGGGCACAGCUGCACCAAGGAGAUGCUACAGACCGACUCAGGCGGACCCUGGGGUGGGCAGGGCACUGACUUCUGGGAGAAGUUCAUUGCAGUCAGAGACAGGUCCUGCCAGCCAGUCCACCCUGGGUCCCGAGGCCCCGCGCUGCUGCAUUAAAUUCCUCUCUGAUCAGCCUGCAGGCUUGUUUAUUAAAAUGCACAACCACGC